AUGGAAGCUGGCAUACACAGUGACAACAGCUUGCGGGGGAAUCCCCCCGCGGCGCUGAAGGCAGGUGACGGGCAGCCCGCGGUAGCCGGCGGCCUCGGGGAUCCCCCGGACGACGGCAGCGCACCUGGCGGCGGGACGGUCAGACGUCCACGUGAGCAACCUUCCACCUUGCCUGGAACGGCGGGAGUUAUUUCCGCGAGGACGCGGCAGAGGCGAACUCGCUCAUCUGGGGAAAGCGCGCACCGUACGCCGCCAGGAUCUGCGACUUCCCCGCCGCAGACGUCAAUCCCAGAGAGGGCUCCGAAUGCUCUGAAAGCAACAAAGGAGGCGGGCCGCCUCUUUCAUCUCGCCUCGCAGACGCCGGAGCAACCCAAUGUCAACGCGCGACGGGCGCCACGUGUGUAUUCACCAACUGGAGACCGAGCAACAAGCCGAGCGCCAGCCGCCGCCUAG